CUCUCUCUCUCUGCAACAAGAUCCUGCUUUUUUCUUUGCGCCACAUAUUCGUUGCGCACUCCUUCUUCAGUAAUCGAGAUUAUAGACACGCUGUUCCGGUGUCCAAACAGACCCAGCAGAGAGAGAGAGUCAGCUGCUGCUGCAGCUCUUCAUCUGGCUGUUGCUGUUUGUGUUUCACCCAGGGAGGCCUGCUGAUCUGCGGGUGCUGAGGGGCGACAGACAGACAGUAGCAGGUCAAAUGUUGGAGGGACACGUAAUGAACAUGGGCAUCACCCCUUCAGCACAUCUAUCCUCCUCUUCCUCCUCUUCCUCCGCCUGACUGACUGACUGACUGGUUGGCCGCCUCUUCGUUAAUCCAAUUCAGGAGAUCAUCUUUGCAACCCUUUUUCCCCUGAGGUGACACCAUCAAGACGGCGCUGUCCCACAAAGCCAGCUCUGUGGCGGUGAAGAUGACCACGGCACGGUACCGUCCCACCUGGGAGCUGGCCGUGGAUCCCCUGGUUUCGUGUAAGCUGUGCCUUGGAGAGUUCCCUCUGGAGCAGAUGACCACCAUCACACAGUGCCAAUGUGUCUUCUGUACACUGUGCCUGAAGCAGUAUGUGGAGCUCCUGAUUAAAGAAGGCCUUGAAACUGCAAUUAGCUGUCCAGACUCUGCCUGCCCCAAAAGAGGACACUUGCAGGAAAAUGAGAUUGAGUGCAUGGUGGCCACGGAGAUGAUGCAGAGAUACAAGAAGCUUCAGUUUGAAAGGGAGGUGCUGCUGGACCCAUGCCGGACAUGGUGCCCUUCUUCGACCUGCCAGGCCGUGUGCCAACUAAAGGAAGCCGAUUCUCCAGCGCUGCCCCAGCUGGUCCAGUGCGCCGUCUGUGCCCUCGAGUUCUGCUCGGCCUGCAAGGCCAACUGGCACCCCGGACAGGCCUGCCAGGAGAGCAACCUGCCCAUUACCUCCUUCCUACCAGGAGAAAACAGCUCUUUCUAUAAGAAUGAAGAGGACGACGCACCAAUCAAGCGCUGUCCUAAAUGUAAAGUUUACAUCGAGAGGGACGAGGGCUGUGCACAGAUGAUGUGCAAGAACUGCAAGCAUGCCUUCUGCUGGUACUGUCUGGAGUCCCUGGAUGACGACUUUCUCCUGAUCCACUAUGACAAAGGGCCCUGUCGGAACAAACUGGGCCACUCCAGGGCGUCGGUUAUCUGGCACAGAACACAGGUUGUGGGGAUCUUUGCUGGCUUCGGCCUUCUCCUGCUGGUUGCCUCCCCCUUCCUCCUUCUGGCCACUCCCAUCGUCCUCUGCUGCAAGUGCAAGUGCAGCAAAGGCGACGACGACCCGUUGCCAACCUAAACACGCCAUCAGAGCUGGAGCGCAGCGCCGCUUCAUGGAUGGGCCAUGUUUUAUUUCCUUUUCACCCCCUUUAUGUUUCUUCUCCUGCCACCAGCUUUGAGUGCUUCAUUUUUUGGGGGGGGCUGCACCAGCCCCGGCUGCCGCUUCGGGAUCCAUCGCUCUGCAUGAGAGAGGCAUGGUUGAAAAGCGACCCCACACCUUGGCCUGGAGAGAGUUGCAGGAUCAAAGGUCAGAGGAGGUCAGACUUGUCUAAUGGCCACGGUGUCCGUGUGUUAGACGUUGGUGGUUUGGGGACGUGGAGGAAGUCUGGGACACUUCAGGUGGUCCUUAGUUGUGGGUUACUGUGGUGUGGUAUCUUGGCGGGUCACUGCAAACAAAGGAAAAAUCAAAGUUAAAUGCUUUUCUCUUGUAUUGACAAUAUAAUGCAGGAGCCACCUUAGAAAGAACUUUUUACUUUAUCGCUCUGUUUUGUCGGUUUGUCGUACGCAACAAAAGCUUUUUUCCCCCACCACCACACUCGAUGUAGCUCUACAGAUUCAGUCAGUAGCAUUAGAGUUACACCACGCAUGAUUGGUGUUCACUCGAUUUGCACACAGAACAUGAUUCCUACGUCAUGUUCGCGACUGAGGUAGAGAUAGGAGGCUGUUGUCACUCAACUCAAUGUACAGCACGUCCUUCUUGAUGAUGUCAAUGUUUUAUAACCUGUUGCUUUUAAUAGAACUGUGCUCAGAGUAGUGUCUGUGUGUUGUACUUUUGAGUGUUUUCCAAACUGUAAGGUACACUUAUUAAAGGGGAUUGCCACUCAAAUCUAAAAAAUACACUUAUUUUCUGCGGUCGAGCAACAAUGGAGAGAAGUUUUGUUACAAUUUCAGCUUGUGUUUUUCAUUAUCAACAUGUCUCGAAUUCAUUCUCUUUGACACACCUCCAGACAUUAUACAUCUUUAUGAGAGUGUGUUUCUGAAAGAUGUCACACAGAUUUUUAUGAUCCUAGAUGCAGAAAUUUCCAAAUUGAGUGGUACUCCCCUUGAGUUCAACAUUAAUUUAAAAUCUUUAGAGGACCAUUUUAAUACUACACUUAAAGAGAUGUCACUCCUGUAAUUCUCAGUUCCCCUAGGUGGUGGUUUAGCCAAAUAAGAAUGAAUAGCCUUAAAUUGAGAAGAGCCAAAAUCAGGCAUGUCCCCCUGUGCAUUAAAAAGAGUUAAAGUCCAAAUAAUCCCAGGGAGAGCAUGUUGAACAGCAUUACAAACAGUCAGUGAAGCCCUUUAUAUUCAAUGAUUCUAUGAUGUCAUCCAUAUGCCACACUGUUAAUAGCCAUACUGUACAAAAAACUGUCCUAACCUGAUGUUUUGUGUGACCUGGGGCCUGUAUUUCCUAAGUCUUUUUGAGCAGGAGAGCCGCAUCAUCAUCAUCAACGAUCUGAAGCUUAACUCCGAUCUGAGGAUCUGUAAUACGAAGCAGGAUUUGGGGUUAGCCAGGUAACUUCAAGGUUAACCCAGGUUUUUCAGUACUACGACGGUGGUUCACUUCUUACCGGGGUAGAUCGCCAUGGUAACUUAUGCUGAAUAGCUAACCUGCUCUGCAGCAGGUUAAGUUCCUGAUAAGAGAUCAACUCGUAUAAAAGCCUACUGCCAAUAAAAGAUUGGUGCGCAGAUCGUAUGAUAAAAUUACACAAAUACAAAGAAGUUUUAAGUCAUAAUGCAACACAGUUUAAACUGACAAAUGCAGGAAGGACAGCUGGAUUUAUGCUAUGGGUGUUUACCGCUUCGAAUUAUGCUUUUAUAUUAAUUUUUUUAAUUGCUCCCAAGUCCAUUUUGCACCACUGAAGUCGUGGACGCAGCUGAAAGAUGGCACGCCAUUAACAAUAGCAUAAUGUAGGCUACUGUAUUCUAUUCAUUCAUCCUGUUUUGAAAGCUAUUUAUAUAUCACUGCCCCAUCCAGACAAAUAUAUCUGACUUUUGAGUAUCCCGUUAAAUUAAUAAAUCUGUUAAUUUACGCAUUCACACAUCGUCAAUUGAGUCUGGAUCAUGU